AUGCGUCGCAGUAUUGCUUUGCGCUUUGUUCGACUCCUCUUCCUCUUGGCAUUCGUAAUGGUGGCGACUGCGUACGAGAAAUCUCCCGUCGUUACCGAAACCAUCGGAGAUGAUUCCAACGGAGAGGACAUCCAAUAUCUCUACAAAGUUCCAAAACUGUCGAGUGGACCGAGAGCGUUGUUUCUUCUUUUCCACGGGUGCGCGCACGACGCGUUCGAUUGGUUCGAAAAAGACGAAAAUAAUUGUCCAAAAUGCAGAGGAUUACCGAUCGAAGUUUCAAUCGCUCACUUCGCGUACGAACAGAACAUGGCGGUGUUGGCGAUAUCGAGCAAUAAAGGGUGUUGGCAACGGAAUCCAGAUGCGUCGAGGGUGUACAAAGUGUUGAAAAAUUUUUCAGAAAAAGAUGGCACGGAUAUUGGAGAUUUAGCGCAUAAAGAACACGUGGACGUGUACGCGUUCGGAGCCUCGAGUGGCGGGACGUUCGUGUCGCACGUGUUACCGCAAAUAUUCGAGGACCAUUUCGGACAUUUGAAGAUGCGUUUGAAAGGCGCCAUAUCGCAAAUCGCGGCGCCGCCGGAGGUUGAAAAGAUUACGCUGCCGAUGGUGUUUUCGCACAUGCCGAAAGACGAGAGGAUUGCCAGGGCGGUGAGAAAUACUGUCGAUCAGAUGCAGAAGAGUUCAGACGUGCCGGUAAAGGAAUCGGAACUGCACCCGAUGAAAUUGCACGAAACGUUUUUCAGAGACAACGCGCCUCCGGGGUAUUACGAGACGUACGAGUCUGAGAAAAUGUUCGAGGCGUUGAAAACGAACGGGUACUUGGACGACGAAGGGUAUUUGAAGGAAGACCCGAGACGCUCGGAUUGGAGAGAUGUCGUGUGUGGUUCUUUAGAAGGCGAGAAUAGAUUUGCUCCAGAUUCGCCGUGUGAAAAUAACAAGAGUUGGACGUCGGAGUUGAUGAACGUCGCUUGGGCGUCGCACGAGAUGCGUUUCGAUACGUUUGCGGAAGAUGUGAAGUUUUUGAUAGAGGCGAGUCACUUUGGCAAUCGAGCGAUUGAGUUUGAAGACGAGUUGGACGAUUCCAACGAUUUGGAAUUCCACGAGAAGAGGGCGAGUCAAGAAGGCGAAGGACCGGCGCCGGCACCAAGUGCGAGAGAUUUUGAUUUGAUGUCGCAAUCUGGAGGCGAAAAUGGUAGGACGCCGACGCGAACGAAUCGCCCGACGAAAAGAGGCCAACCGGAGUUUCCCUCGCACUGGGGACCAGUGCCAUUGCUGCAAACGCGCGAUUACCGACAAUACCCGCCUCCGUACGACGAGUAUUUCGGUUCCGGAACAGUCGUGAAAUGGAUUCUAAAGCAGCAAGACAUGGAUAGAGAAAAUCCAGAACGCGCCGCGAAAAACGACGAAGAAGAGGCGACGAAACAAAGCGGCGACGACGAAGACGACGGAGAAGCUGAGCAAAAAGAAAAAAUUGAGUUCCCAAAACGAUGGGGCGAUCCACCAGAGAUACAAACGAUGGAUUACGUCGAGCUUCCUCCGCCAUACGGACACGGUUCUUCGACUUUGCGCAAUUGGAUCGAAGAAAACUUGAGAAGAGAUGCCGAGUUUCGUUUACCGAAACGCCGAGAGAAACCCGAAGUCGAAGAAGAAGAGGAAGAGGAAGAGGAAGAGGGCGGGAACGAGCUGUAA